UUGCGAAUAGCCCAUUGCUCUGGAUUGAGAUCGUCUGUUGAUUCCGGGAGUGAACGGUUUCAUCAGUUAGCGAUCGAACCGUCGGGAGGUGUGGCAAUCUACGCCAGCCAAAUGCGACUGAACAUUCUCAUCCUUUUGGUGAUCCUGUGCACAGUGGUUACGUUCUGUGAAGCGGGCACAAACUGCUCCGCAGCGGACGCCACAAAAAACUGCAUCGAUGGCAUGAUUGUACCGAUUUGGCGUCCAUUUUUGGACUUGUCCACGAAGGAUAGGGUGAAGAGAGGCAUUAUCUUCUUCUUCGUUAUCGCCUAUUGUUUCCUGGGUGUUUCGAUCGUAGCUGAUCGUUUUAUGUCCUCGAUUGAAGUGAUCACAAGUCAAGAGCGAACAGUGCACGUUAAGAGACCAGGACUUGAACCAUUGAAAGUGAAAGUUAGAAUAUGGAACGAUACCGUUAGCAAUUUGACUUUGAUGGCGUUGGGUUAG